AUGGUCCCUGUUCCGCAUAUCCUGCGCGGGAUAAGCAACGUGCGCAUUACACGAAUUUUCGCGUCGGCCUCGAGUGAGCAUGUCUUGUUCCUUUCAGAGGACGGCGAGGUGUACGUGUAUGGAAAGAACACGGCGGGUCAGUGUGGCAUUGACACAAAAACAGAUCGCUUUUUGUCAGAGCCGCGCAAAUUAGACAGGAUACGCGACUUUGUGCCGCCGCUUGCGGAAGGCGAGACCAUUACCAUCGGUGCGGCUGGCGGAGAUCACUCGCUGCUUGUCACGACAAACGGUACGCUGAUUGUGUCGGUCAGUGCGGGGAUUUCGUUCAGCGUGCUGGCGACGGCAAAAGGGCAAGUCGCGUGCGGACAGGCGCACAGUGUGGCGCUUGAUAAAGAGGGCUACGUGUAUACAUGGGGCGAAGGCAGCUUCGGACGGCUUGGCUGUGGGACGCAGCGAAACCAGCCAAUUCCGGUCAAGGUUCAGCAGUUUGCCCAGCUGCCGAAACAGGACAGGGUACGUACCGUGUAUGCUGGAAGUGCAUCGACUGUCUGUAUCGAUCAGCACGGUGCAUUUUGGGCCGCGGGCAGAGUGCGGCGCAUGGGCGAUGGAGGCCCGGGCCAGGCGUUUUCCAUCUUCAAGCCGCUGGCACCGCUGGAAGAUGUGCAGUGCAUCGAGGCAUCUGUUGGGCAAGACGUAUUUCAGUGCCUUGCCGCAGAGCGUGAAAAGGACAACGCACAACACCUGUAUAGCUGGGGCGAAGGCGUUUCUCACGGCGAGCUUGGACUCGUCAAGCGCCCACCCCCCAUGCCAUGCGUGAGCAAAGCCAUGGACGGAAUUUCCAUUCGCCAUGUCCAGUCUGGCCGCUUCCUCAGCUUGUUCCUGGUGGAGCCCAACCAGCGGUAUGCAGACCUGCCGAGGAUUCCCCAGCAUGUAGUGUCUUCGGAUGUGUGCCUUGUGUGCCACCAAGGCGGUGCAGAAGAUGCCUCGACGCUGCUCGAGUGCGAUCGAUGCGAGAAUCCAUUCCAUCUUUCGUGCCUGCAGCCGCCCCUGGAAAGCAUUCCCGAAGGUGAGUGGUUCUGCGAAACAUGCGGAGGUAUGAAGCAAGGAGCGUUUAACGAUGGUGUACGUAAAAAGCGACGCCGCGCCUUCUAG